GAAUGUGCGGAUUAACAUUGGGAUAAAGUGUAAAAUCGCUACUCGGACUUCAUUGGUAAUUGUAUCAACAUAGCAAAUAUGGAAUCUAGGAAAUCCAUGUUUCAGCUCGCAUCCUUGGCCGUUGGACUGUUUGCCUUUCUCGACAGUAUAUCAACAAUAACCUCUAGCGAUGUGGAAGUCGUCCGUGCUCGCCUCGUGGGUGGUCACACCAAUUCGACGGGCCGCGUAGAGGUGUCGCGUAACGGAAGUGUCUGGGGCACGGUAUGCGACUGGAACUGGACGGACAAGGAGGCGACUGUCGUCUGCAGGCAACUCGGCUACAAGUGGGGAGAGGCGUUCAAUUGGGCUGCGUUCGGCGAGGGCGACGGCGAGGGCGAUGGCGAGAUGUUCUUGAACAACGUGAGAUGCACAGGAACCGAGAAAAACAUCGAUGAGUGUCUGCACUGGGUAUGGGGAGAACACAGAUGUGGGCCUAACGAAACCGCCGGUGUCGCCUGCUACAACAAACCAGUGGAAGUCGUUCGCGCUCGCCUCGUUGGUGGCCAAACAAAUACGACGGGCCGCGUAGAAGUGUCGCGUAACGGAAGUGUCUGGGGCACUGUCUGCUACGACAGAUGGACAGACAGGGAGGCGCAUGUCGUCUGCAGGCAGCUAGGCUACAAGUGGGGAGAGUUGUUAAGGUGGGAUGCGUUCGGCAAGAAUUGGGAUGCAUUCGGCGGCGACGGCGCGAUGUUCUUGUACGCCGUGCAGUGCAACGGCACAGAGGAAAACAUCGACCAAUGUCAGCAUCCCGGCUGGGGCAAAGUCCACUGUCAAACAACAAAAGUGGGUGCCAGUGUCACUUGCUUCUCCAAACCAGUGCGUUUAUCUAGGGGUGACAAUUCUCACGGUGUUGUUGAGAUCAUGGAGGACAAAUGGUCGGUGUUGUGCGGUGAAGGAUUUGGCAACAAGCUGGCGCAGAUAGUCUGCUUCGAACUCGGAUUUCAGAAUGGAAUAGCGCUAGCAAUGGGUUCGUUUAAUGAUAUUCCAACAACGUAUGUUCGAUCAAAUAUAACGUGUGUCGGAAAUGAGUCCAGCAUUCUCAAUUGCACAUAUGACAAGUUCCGCGCUUGCCAAGAAGACAAGUUUCUUAACUAUGCCGUUGUGUCAUGUUUAAACGGUUCUUUGUCCAAGGAGCCGAAGCUGAAGUUAGAGGGCAGUGAAGAAACGGACAUGGCCAACCAAAUGGGCCGCGUGCUCAUCAAGCGAUACGGUAUCUGGGGCCGCGUUUGCCCAGACUUCUGGAACGACAAGGACGCCGACGUUGUGUGUCGCCACCUCGGCUUCACAGGCGGAGUGGCCUACACGUAUACUUUUUCAGGUUAUGGUCUCUACACGCUGGGGAUAGUUGGUUGCCAUGGUAAUGAAUCGACGCUGUUUGACUGCCCUGUGAGUCCAGUACGGUGUGACGGUCAGGUGUCCUUCGGGGAUGCAGGCGUGCUUUGCUACACUGUCAAGAAGCCUGCGUUGCGCAUGGUUGGCUCAGGCAACACGGGUCACCUGGAGAUCAUAUUUGACUCUUUUACCGGAGCCAUCUGUGACAUUGACUUGCGCGUUGCCAUGGUGGCAUGCAAACAGCUGGGCUUCCUGGAUGGGGAACCAAGAAGUUCUCUUCUAUCAUCGAUCGGUGCAACGGCUGUUAUAUCAUCAACGGAUUGCGGUGGAUCUGAGUUCUCAAUUUUUAUGUGUCGAAACUCCGGCUGGCAGAAAAACAUCAACGAAACAUGCAACGACGCACACAGAAUUGCUGGUGUCGUCUGCUACACUAAUGUACGAAUAUCCGAUGGGCAAGAAGACGAGAACACGACGGAAGGAAAAGUGAAGAUGUAUCACCAUGGAGGCUGGGUCACAGUCUGCGCCGACGGGUUUCACGACAGUGACGCCCGUCUGGUGUGCAGGGAACUGGGUUUUCCCUACAGCAAGGCUCUUGAACCAGGUUCGUUUGGAAGGGAAUACUACUCGGACUUUGUAACUGACUUCAACUGUACAGGGAGUGAACUUUCUAUAGCCCUGUGUCCAUUCAAUGCGUCGGGUGAAUGUGUUGACAAAUCAUCAAACUAUGCCUCUGUCAUUUGCUCAAAGUUCCCCAUCGGUAACAAUGAAAUGUACAUCUUGCCCUUCGAUUCAUUCCCUGCAACUGUGGUUGUCAAGAAACAUGGAAUGAAUGGCACGAUCUGCGCAGAAGGCUGGGACCAUAAAGACGCCGGUGUCUUGUGUCGACAGCUCGGAUAUUCUGGGGGAGGCCUGUCGUUUGAACCACAGUACUCAGGCUCCAAUACCCCUAUCUGGAUGACCAAUGUAGAUUGCCACGGUAACGAAACACGUAUCCAGUACUGCCGGUUUCUGGAAACUUCUACCAGGGGCUGCCUUUCCAAUCAGAUGGCAGCUAGGGUGUACUGUUUUGAGGGCCCAGGUAUUUCAGGAAUCCAAGUGAGACUUGUGAACGGAAGUGAGCCAUCCAACGGCAGAGUAGAAAUUUUGUACGGUGGAACGUGGGGCACAUACUGUGUUUCGAAAUAUCGAGGGUGGAAUAGUGGAGCUAGGGUGGUAUGUCAGCAGCUUGGGUUCACAGACGGACAGCCAACAAACUCGUUCUAUGGGGCUGGGACAGGUGAGAUUCUUAGAAAUAUAUUCCUGGAGAUUCUAUCUUAACUGAGCAUGAUUUGCUCAUGGUUAGCUUUUGUGGUUAGCCGUUGUCCUUUGUCCGUCGU